GUUGCCUUCCCCCAAAAGACUACAAACUCCAGAGAUACUUGCGGUAUCUGGCGCAAACGUCCGGAGUUGAAAGUGGCAAAGGCUUCCAAGCGGAGGAAAUAGACCUCACUGGGGCGUGGUUGUUCGCGAUCCCUGCAUCUGUCACCUGGGGCCAAGGCUUGGCUCUUGCCCUACAGACCCUCGGAACGACUCAGCCUCAGCGCAACUAUGAACUUGGAGCGGGUGUCCAACGAGGAGAAGCUGAAUCUGUGCCGGAAGUACUACCUGGGUGGGUUUGCUUUCCUGCCUUUCCUCUGGUUGGUCAACAUCUUCUGGUUCUUUCGAGAGGCCUUCCUAGUCCCGGCAUACACGGAGCAGAGCCAAAUCAAAGGCUAUGUCUGGCGCUCAGCUGUGGGCUUCCUCUUCUGGGUGAUUGUCCUCACCACCUGGAUCACCAUCUUCCAGAUCUACCGACCCCGUUGGGGCGCCCUUGGUGACUAUCUCUCCUUCACCAUACCCCUAGGUACCCCCUGAUGGUUUCCUCUGCACAUGCCUGGAACCUGCCUAUUCUCCCAGAAUGGGCUCCUCUACUCUAAGCCCACUCUCAAGCCCCUAAGACUUGUUCCCAUCUCCUAUGUUCUUUGCGGACAUCCCCCAAUAAAGGAUUCUAAUUCUCUGUA